AUGCGAAAUUGUUAUGACAAUAAUUUAAGGAAUUUAACUGGACGAUUAUUGAUUAAUCGUAGCGACGAUUUAUUGAACGACUGGUCAGUGGCGGCCAUUGAUGACGUUUUGUCAACACCAAAACCGCCUAAAUCGCCGAAUUCGUCUCGAAAGAAAAAAACCCCAGCGAAUACCCAAGCGGUUCAACCACCAGUUGUCGAGGAUCUUUCCCCAGAACAGCCGGUUGCUGCGUUGAACGCUUCGGCAAACGCAUUCGUACCGCGCGAUAAGAUGGGUCAAACACGACCAUUUACGAUCGACCCUGCGCUCCGAGGGUGCUGCUUUAACUGUGGCCAACCAGGUCAUCUCCGAGCAGCCUGUCCAAGCCCUCCUCGAACCGGCUACUGCUGGACCUACGGUUCAGUAGACUGUACAACCGCUGGAUGCCCAGGUUGCAUCCGCUGGCAGCAACAGGUUGCCGCUGUGGCUGCUUUACCUCUACCGGACAUAUUCGACAUCGAUAUCGAGCCUUCUGGCCCAGUGAACCAGAUUUCCGACGCUGCAAAACCCGAACCGUACGUACAUCGACCCGUAACCGACCCGGACGACCCGUGCCGACUACUACCGCAAUGCAAUCCUGAUGAACGAACCCGAAUCUUCCGAGAAUUUUCCGAGGAAGUAUCCCCGACGAAAAUUGACGAGAACGACCGACGACCAUUCGUGGACGUUCAAAUUGGAGAACGUACGAUUAAAGCGUUGCUAGAUACCGGAGCUUCUGUAACGUGUAUCAAAGAAGUCGACGAGCGUAAUUGGGUCUACGGACUAGGCGCUCGCGUACGACCCACGAACAAAAAGACCGCGGCUGUGGCUGAUGGAUCAGUCAUGGCGAUACACGCUUUAGUUACGUUACCGCUCGUUAUUAAUAAUGAGAUGCGACCCGUCGAAGUCCGAGUAAUCCCGAAAUUAAAUUACGAAAUGAUUCUCAGCAUGGAUGCCAUUGCCGCCUUUGAAAUCUGUUACGAUUGA